GAGGAGGAGGCACAAGUCCUCAGGCUGAAGAGGUUGGUGAGGGAAAACUGCCCUGAGAAAGCUCGGUGUGCUAUGCCACACUUGGGUGUUUUCCCCAUGGCUGACAAGUGCAGACUGCUUGGUAUUUAUGCUUCUGCUGGUGAUGCCCGCUGGUGUAACCAAAGAAAAUGCUGCUUUGGGGACAGUGCACAUGUCUUCAAAAGUGUAGAGCUGCAAAGUGCAGUGAAGAAAGGAGCUUGUGCUUCCAAACAGUGGAUAGAAGAUGAGUAGAAGGAACAAGAGAGGUGAAAGACGAGGUGAACAGGUGGGAAAAGCCCUGCUUACACUGCAUGGGAAGCCCUGUGGCUUGAGUGAAUGUUUUGUGUUUGUUGGGGAAAAAAACAGUGGCAGGGUAGUGAAGGGAGGGAAACCUGGAACUGUUCUGGCCUUCCAGGGUAUGCAUGCUCCCAUCCAUAAACUACAGGAGAAGGAGACAAUAUAACCAGGAAUAACUGCUCUGUUAAGUCUGCUCUUCUGGGCUUAAGUCUGUCUUUCCUUAACUUUAAAGCUAUCUGUAACUCAACAUGACAUAUCUGUCUCUUUCUUUGCCAGGUUUUGCCUCCCUGUUGCAUGUUCUUUGCCACUCCCAACACUUACACUGUUCUCCCGAUAACGGGACAAACCUUUUGGGCAGGCUUCAUAGCCCUUUCCAUUGAGCCUGGUCUUGAAGCAGGACGUGCCUGGUUUGUACAACAGCAAAUGCGAGAAAGGCAGACUUGGACCCGAAGAGUUUACAGUCGACAUCUCUGGCUGUAACGCAGCAGGUCAACACUGGUUCCUAAAUGGCCUCAGGUAUGGAUGGGAAGAAAUGCAGCAUAUGGAUGUUUUUACCUCUUGUGUUUACCUUGUUUACAUCAGCUGGAUUAUGGAUAGUGUACUUUAUAGCAGUGGAAGAUAACAAAAUUCUCCCACUAAAUGUACCGGAUAGGAAACCUGGUUCCAAAAGACCACCUUAUAUAAGUAUUGCAGGUGAUGCACCUCCUGCAAGCUGCGUGUUUAGCCAAGUCAUGAACAUGGCGGCAUUUCUAGCGCUUGUCGUGGCUGUGCUGCGCUUCAUUCAGCUGAAGCCAAAGGUGCUAAACCCUUGGCUGAACAUCAGCGGCCUGGUGGCGUUAUGCUUGGCCUCUUUUGGGAUGACCCUACUCGGCAACUUUCAGCUUUCCAAUGAUGAGGAGAUCCACAAUGUGGGCACAUCGCUGACCUUUGGCUUUGGGACCUUGGCGUGCUGGAUCCAGUCUGCCCUCACCCUCAAGAUCAACCUGAAGAACGAGGGACGGAAAGUUGGGAUUCCACGAGUCGCCUUGUCAGCCAGCAUCACCCUCUGUGUGGUACUCUAUUUCAUCCUCAUGGCACAGGGCAUUCACAUGCAUGCUUCCAGGAUUCAGUGGGGCCUGGUGAUGUGCUUCCUGUGCUACUUUGGCACCUUUGCAGUGGAGUUCAGGCACUACAGAUUUGAGAUUGUUUGCUCCGAGUACCAGGAAAACUUUCUGAGCUUUUCUGAAAGCUUAUCGGAAGCCUCUGAGUACCAGACAGAUCAGGUGUAGCCUGUCCUUUGGCGGGGGGGAGGGGGGCAGGUGUGGUCUCAUGGGUUAAAGAUAACCUCAUUUACACUUUUUUGAUGAGUUUGUUUUCAUGUGCAAUCAUGAUUGUAUUGCCAAAGGGCUCUGAGGGUGGCUGUCUCAUUAAGAGCCAAACAAAAAUAACUGUGCUGGAAGAGGAGUGGAUCCUUCUCAGCAGCAGCGUAAGAGAGCACAAGCUGUUUAGUUUGUGCUACCAGUGACUCUUUCUGAGUAGCUCUGUCACACUCCUGUUGUUCAAAACAUUCAACAGCCAUUUGUCAUGAUGCCCCUCUGAGACAGGCACUUCUCAGCCUGGUCUGCAGAGGAGAUGAAGGAAACGAACUUCUCCGGGCACCAAGAGUCUUCAGGAGUUGCUGGUUCCCGAGUCACAAGACCACAUCUUUUGUGUGUUUCUUGCGUUGUUUUCUUUGCUGCCAACUGGUGUAACUUGGUAGGGUGAGAAAGAGCGGCUGUUUCUUCUGGACUUGGAAUUAGGCAGUGGAAGACCCCAACUUGACUGGCUUUUAUGGUGAGCAGGCAGGCAUUUCUUCCAGCCUGGAAAGCAGCUGAUGGUAAAGCCGGUUUUGGGAGAAACUGUGCUGUGAUCAGGAAGCAAGACUUGGCUGAUGCUACCUUGUAGCUUGGCAGACUGUUCCCAGGCCAGAGGAGAUGGCACAGUGAGGUGCUGGGCUCAGCUUGGUGUUUCAGACUCAAUGGUGGGGACUGGUGGAAGCAAGAUGCUGAAUUAAGAUGGGAAUGCCUGUGUGUUCUGAAGCAGACCCAGAAAAGGCUGCUCUCUGUGUGUAGUACUUCCACCACUUAUUGUGUGUAAUAUUUCAAAAGCUUUGUUUUUGUUCACUGAGGGAGAAGACAUUGUGUUAGAGACACUGGGCUCACCUGCAAUGAUAACAGAACUGUUGCAGGUGGUUCUGGGCAUAGGGUUUGGUUUUGCUCCUUGUGCACUUAGAAGUCAAACUUCAGACACGCUGACACUAGGGCUGGGCUCUGGACCACUCAGUGUGGCCAGUUGUCCUGAGUAGAGUCUGCCACAGGUUUAAGCAGGCUUCCAAGGUGCAGGAAGGCAGUUCUGCCCCGGAGGUUGGGUGAUGUGGCCUUGAGGGCUGGAGGUGCAGGAAGGGAACAGCAAAACCAGAAGGGCUGCUUCUUCCCUGAAAGGAGGUUUUCAAACAGAAGGUCUGUUUUCAAAGAAAAAGCAGGAGCUCAAAGCCCCUAUUUGAAAACCUGAUUUUGGGAAGGCUGCUGUAUUGGAUGGGCAGGAGAGCAAUGGGAGUUGCUUCUUAUGAACAUGGCUCCUGUUUUCCUCCACGAGUCAGGCUCAGCUUAGGUUUGCAUCUUGUCUGAGCUGCAGGAGAAUAAAGAGAAAUUAAAAUGGUUGCAAAAGGCAUUUGAAGGGGAACUUGUCCCGCACUGUGGCAUUUCUGACAGAGAGGGAAAAGGCAUGAAGGAAUUCAGUCUUCUGCAAAGGUCAGAGGCCUCUCCUGAAAGGCGAGACUGUUGAGAAAAACUUCUGUCACAACUAGUGCAAGUAGAAAGCUUUCAGCCAGCUCUUUACUUUAUCUUCUGUGGGCCAAAAUUUGUUCUCAGGCAGCCGUGUUAUAAAUCCAGAGCAUCUCCAGCCAAUGGAGGGUUAUUGCUGGACCGCUGAAGGCCUCCUCCUUGUAGCUGUGUCGUUAGUGGGAAGCCUUCCUGGAGGGAUGUGCCAUGGCUGGCCCAAGUGCACAGCACUGUAAGGCACAGGGCUCCCCAUCCAGGGAGCUCCUCCUGGACAAGGGCAGGAGGGAAUAGCCUGGAGAAGAUGCAGGUGGGGAUGCUCUUACACAGGCACACACACUCAAUGCAUAUGGAGCACAAAAUAGUGAUUUGUUUUAAGGGUGUUUUACUGUAAAUAGUCCACCGUAACUUUUUUAAAAAAAUCAGUUAAUCCUUUCAGUUUAUCAUUUUAUAUUUUGUAAUUUUAUCAAAGGAAAAAAAGAUGAUGUUUGUGAUUUUAUUUUUUUUUCUUUCUCUCCUUUUCCUAUAUGCAAUCCAAACUGAACUUCAGGGUUUUGGUGAUAACUCUGUACAUUUCUUAGGGUAUUUCUAACAGCACAUUUCAGUACAACUAAAUGACAGCUGAUACACACUGAAACAUGACCACUAAAUAAAGUGCUUUUAUGGAGAAA